ACAUCCCUCCUCCCAUUUGGCUUCACCCCUCGCGUACAUGUCCAGGUACAGAAAGGCUUCGCAUUAGUUUGCCUUUGCCAGCCAGAAUCAUCUAGAGCCUUCCUACAAGGCACCCACAUACUAGACCCUUCCUAUCCGUCACCUGUCGGCUUAAUUGUUUAACCUGUAGGACUCACAGGAGAUAUAGCAGACAAAAAGCAGCCUUGCAUUAGCCUGCACAGCUUCACAUUGGACGGGCGAAAAUGAGUCCACGCAGAGCUUCGUUAUCGCGAAUACGUUUCCUGCGUGGUCACAAAUCCAAGGUCGUCGUGGUCGCCGUGUUCCUCAUCGUCUCGGCCUUAACGGUCACCAGUACCACAGAGCUCGAAGAGCUCCUGAGCGCCGACUGGCAUCGCAGCCGUCUGCACGCGCUCGACUCGCCCGCACUUGGCGCUCCAAGCGGUGGCUCGACGGAUGAAAUCGCGUCCCGUGAGCUGACGCAGGGAAUGGUCGCGGGAUCGAGUCCUGCUGGUGCACAUUUGGUAGUUGAGGGGGCGACGGUCGAGGAGGAGGAUGAGAGGAGGGCGAUUGGACAGAUGCAGCAGGAGGCGCUGCGGCGGCAGCAGCAGGAGCAGCGAGAGCAGGAGGAGCGGGAGGAGGGCGCGGCGGGAAGCGAGCUGUUGCCUGUGCGGGACGCGUGCAUCUUCGUCGUUGCGCGCGGGCAGUUCGUGCUCGUGAGCCAAGCGACACGUACUCGGGGCUUCCGCUUCUCCGCCGCCGACGCGUGGCGCCCCGCAACGGGGAAGCGGAGGAGAACUGGCGACUGCCGCUUUACGGUUGACGACACGUGCGCGAUAGUCCACGCAGGCGGUUGCGACGACGGGAAUCCUCGCACGCGGGACGAAUGCGACUGGAACGGCGCGUCGUUCACCAUCGCACACGGCGGGGCGAUCGAAGCGGACAUUGCCGGCGCAACGGUGCAGCCCCCUGCAUGGCCCUGCGCCCCCUUCCCCCGCUGCCUGUUCUCCGCGGCUGUUUGCGCACACACCCCGACUCCCGAAGAUGUUGAGACGCAGAAUAACCACGUGGUGGCCCUCGCGGCGGCCUCCGCCAGUGGCGCCGGCGCAGCCUCCGCCUCCUCUUCCGCCGCUGACGAGAGACGCGCGGCGGUAUUCGGAAGGAGCAGCAGCGCCAGCGGCGGUGAGCGGAGCACGAGCAGCGCCCUGCAUGCGCGGUCGCUGGGGAGCUUCUUUCCCGGCGGAGAGGAGGCGCUGGGGGGAAAUGGCGGGGCGGGGAGCGGGAGCGGAAGCGGAACUGGGAGCGGCAGCGGGGGAGGAGGGGGUCUGUUUCCCCGGGGUGGGCAGGCAUGGGUUAGCCAGCACGAAGGUGGGGGGACCGGGGAAAGUAGGGGGAACGGCGCAGAUGGGGGGAACCAGAGCAGCGGGGAUGGGGGAAUGAAGGGGGCAGAGAGCACAGGGAAGGGAAUGAAGGCGCGGGCGCACUUGGGGAGCGGAAUGGGGGGAGUGACGAAGGACGGGGAAGGACCGGCGCAGGCGGAACAAAUUGGGGGAAAUGGGAAUGCGGCUGACGGGGGAGGAAGCGAGAGCGAGUUUAAGCGGACAAUGGGCGCAUGGGGCGGCGGCGGGGGAAGCGGAGGUGGACUGGGCGGAUUCAAGGGCAACUCGAAGAGCACGGGGAAUGCGCAGUUAACAAGCGGCGGAGGCUUGCCUAGCGGCGGGCAAGUGUCGGGAUUCAAAUCAGCGGGGAGCAGCGGCGGCGGCCAGGCCAAUCAGCAGCAGCCACGUCAGCAGCAGCAGCAGCAGACGAACCAGCAGUUGGCCUACAGCCGGCAGGCGCCGGCGGGAGGGAAUCAGAUGAAACCCCGACUGCCAGGCACGGGCGGCGGCCGCGGCGGCGGGGGUAGCGGCGGCAGCAGCGGUGGAGGAGCAAGGCCUAAUCCCUUCUUUUCCGACCGCAACGGCUUUAAAGGCCGCGACGGGAAGCUGAUUCCCGCGCCUCCCGCCACGCCCUACGACCCGAACGACCCUCUAAACCCCCCUCCCAAUCCCACUCCCCGACCCACUCCCAACCCUACGCCGAACCCCGACCCUUAUCCCGAGCCUGACCCCGGGCCUGAUCCCGGACCUCUUCCCGACUACCCGGACGACCCUCAGCCGAAUCCGGCAAGCCCGGGGUAUUUCAGCGUGAUGCGGUUCGGCGCGCAGGCGAACGGGUGGGCGGACGACUCGGGGGCUUUCCGGCGCGCGUUUGCCGCGGCGUGCGGGUACGGCGCGCGGACGAGGCAGCGGGGUAUGGUGCACGUGCCGGGGAACGCGGUGUUCCGGAUCAUGCCGAUGGAGGUUGAAGGGCCGUGCGGCGCUGGGCUGAUCGUUCGGAUCGACGGGGCGAUCCAAGCCUUUUUCAACACGGCAGCGUACCCGCAGCCCGAGAGCAGCAAGACGUGGGCCAUGCUGGGAUUCGACGGCAUCGAUAACCUCGCGGUCGCGGGGCACGGGUAUUUGGACGGCGCGGGACGCGCGUGGUGGGGCAAGGGCAAGCGCCCCAUGCUCAUGCAUUUCUCGGACUGCCGGAAUCUGCUAAUAUCCGGGAUUACCUACAGGAACCCCGGCAAGAUCCACGUGAAAGUUAAGACGAGCACGGGGGUGAUGAUCCGCGGGGUGCGCACCAUUGCGCCGUGGAACAGCCCCAAUACGGACAGCAUCAGCAUCAGCUCAUCGUCCAAUGUCGUUGUCAAGGACUCGAGGCUCGAGUCAGGUGAUGACGGCGUGGGCAUAGUGGGCAUGACGCGCAACGUGCUGGUGGAAAACGUCACGUGCAUCAACGGCCAUGGCAUCAGCAUUGGGAGCUUGGGAGCUGAAGGGGCGCUGGGGUGCAUCCAGGGUGUGACUGUGCGUGAUGUGACUUUCCGGGGCUCCAACAACGGGCUGCGCAUCAAGACAUACCAAGGCGGCGUAGGCCUCGUCUCCAACGUCUCGUAUGAGAAUGUGCAGAUGACGGAUGUGACCUAUCCCAUCGUCAUUAACCAGUUCUACUGUGACACCAAGAAUGUAGAUGCCUCAAAAUGUGUUCCCCAGCUGAACGCCAUUGCCAUUCAAGACAUCUCCUUCAACAAUAUCCGGGCGUCUUGUAACGGGUCCGAUGGGAUUGUCGUCAGCUGUAGCUCUACAGUUCCGUGCAGUGACAUUUCCCUCGCAAACGUCCGGAUCGUACCAUCGGAUCCAAGCAAAACCCUAACCCCGUCCUACACUAACGCGUAUGGAAAUACUGGGUGGAAUGUGCUCCCUCGGCCAGCGAGCCCGUUGAACUCGCUGAGAGCAGGAUUGCCUGGGCCAUCUGGGAGGCUGUCCUUUUCUUCUGUCGCUUCCCAGUGUCACUCGGAAGUCUGGACGAGAUAUGAGCAAGACUUGAAACAGCAGCGGUCGGUUCGAAUAGGGGGCAUUAGGAACUCGAGGGGAUUAAGGCGAGUUUAAAUGUAGACAAGGAACUACCUAACAUACUGCAUUAUGUGGAUUAAUGCUUGUUGGAAAUAUCUCAAAGGACUUGAGCGUUUCUGAAGUGUAACACUACACGAGGAAGAUCACAACGGGUACGCGAGUCAACGGAGGUUACACGAGGGGG